UACUCCAACACCAUGGCCGUGGGCACAUCCUCUUCGAUGCUCGGCGGCGCUCUCCUCCUCCUACUUGUCCUCUCCUCGGCCAUUGAUGUUCACGGCGGGUCAAGCUCCAGCGCCGCGCCACGUUCCCCGCUGGACGAGCUCUGCAUCGGCCUAGGCGGCUGGUACGUCACGCCGGACAUGUGCGUGUCCGCGCUCUGCAUUGACCCCUCCUGCCGCUCCGCACGCGGCUUGCCGGAGCUCGCGGUUCUGGCCACCAAGCUGACGGUGGCCAACGCCACAGUAGCCAAAACCAGCAUCGAGUCUGCGCUCGCCCAUAUGAGAUAUAGCCCGCAAAGAGGGCGGAUGGCGCGGCUCUGCUCCAGGGCGUGGCAUGCCGCCUUCGCCUUGGCGCUCUCCUUCUCCCUCGCAAGGCACUCCGAAGUCUCGAGCCCGAGGCGGAGCGCCUUCGCAUUCUUCCGCCGUAGGCGCCUCACGUCGGUCUCCGCUGUGGUUAAGGCGUUCGAGCGCCGGGAAAAACACCUCGCCGUGUCCAUGCCCUUCUUCCUUUGA